AAGUUAAAGCUGGUCCGUACCAUGUCUCUCACAUCAGACCCCCGUGGUAUCAGACCGCGGCCUCGGAAAGGCUCCGAGGCUUCUGUGAACAACAACCACACUCCUGUAGGCACGCCAGAUAAGGUAGCUCACAAGACCAGUUCUCCAGGCAAGACAAAGCAUCACCGUACCUUCAGUCUGGGUCCCCUGUCGGCACGGCUCCUGCAUAGGGACAGAGCUGGGUCCAGCCCCACCCUACAGAGAGAGAGGCACAUGUCCUCACCUGAGGCAAUCCAAACUAAACAACUAGCAGAAGACUAUCUGGUUGGAGGGAGCUGCAAACAGCUAUGCGUAAAUGGAAAACACAAGUACUCAGUAGCUGAUGAUGAUGACAACAGUAAGAGAUCAGACCACAAGAAAGCCACUAACGGCGACACCCACCCACCCAUGUCCCUACCUCUACACUAUCCUGCAAUAGGAAGAGUCAAGAGGACAAACCUAGAUGCCUCCAAACGACACACCAUCCACUCUGCCAUGUUCCCUGUCAAACAGAAGAUUGAACACAAGACCAACUCUGCCCCAGGGUACUACCGCACCAGCCAUAGUGACCUUGGACAUGAGAAGGUCAAAUGUAUACCAGAGGAGUCCACCUGGGAAGACAUGAGUAAAGAUGAGCUACUAAGAGUUGUAAGAAGUCAGCAUGAUAAGCUGCAGGAUAACAAGGCGUACAUCCAUGAACUUGAGGAUUACAUCGACGACCUGCUGGUGCGAGUCAUGGAGACAACACCCCGCAUCCUGCAGAACCCCUACAAGAAAGAUGACAAGUAGCCGGAAGUAAGCCAGCCGUAGAUUUCCACAUCGACCGUUGCGGUCACAGAUCUUCGGAGCUUAGUGGGGACAAACUUCAGUAAUGACUCAAGCAAACCAGCAAACGCGUUCAAAAGCUCACUUUGGUUCGUCGGAGAGUUGGAUAAAAUGGUGGACAACUCAAGCGACGGUGGGAAGGGCGCAUAUUUCAAGACGUCCUCAUGGCACAUUAAAGUCGUAUCCAUACGCUGUAAAUAUUGCUGUGAAGUGUAAUAAGGUAGAUUCAAUUCGUAAUGUAGAAAAAUGACCAAAUACGGUGACUUUAUUUUGUACAAUAUAUCACUUUAAGGUAUUGUUUUACACGUAGAUGAAAGAUUGAAGUUUUGUUAGACUGCAAAGUUCAACGACCAAGAGUGACCUCCCAUUUUGUUGCCAGAGAACAGGAGGGCAAAGCAUUAACAUGUCAGCUCUAACAUGUCAUGCCGCCAUGAUAAUAGUGGGUGGGACCUAUUCACAUAGCAAUGGGCAUUCUAGUCAGACUCCAGACUCGAAUAACCAGACCACUGUGUGCAGUCCCAAACUUCACCAAAGCAGAUAGACUGCCAAAAUUAUAAUAAUCAUACUACAAAGUUUAACAUCCUUUUUCAACAGUUGGUCAUUUUCUGUUCCCAUCCAAAACAGGCUGAUGUGAUUAGCAAUUUGAAAGUGUCUCAUUACAAUGUCAAGUGCCAAACUGUAUACAAGUGGCAUACUGUACUCCAGAGGAGAGUCUUAUUUUCUAAAAGACUACAUCUUCAUGAACACAAAAUUGACUAAGUUGAACAAUGAAAUAAAAAAUGAACCAUUUAUAAAACUUCAUGCAGACCCAUGGAGUGUGAUGCAUAAUGGGAAUAAUGCCUUAAGUAUUGGUUCCUAUCAUGUAUGGGAUAACUAAAAAGAUCACAGUGACAUUACGGCAGGUGCAGGGAGUGGGGGUGAGAUUUUAUCACCCAGCCACACAGGUAAGCAUGUUCGAAAGGGAGAGCAAAAUUCACCCCUGCCAGCAAGAAAGAGGGCUGGAUGAACAAAAACUGGAUCUCUCCUAUGGGCUAACGUAACUUUUAUGUAAAGCAUUCACCAGAGCUGAGUCAUCAUGGCUAGGUAGAUACAUGUAUAUGACAAUGUCUAUAUGAUAACAACGUUAAUGACCCGUUUUCCUCGGGACUCGGUCACUCCGUUAUGAAUUAUGGCACCGUAUACACCUCAGGGUGGGUCAUUAAUGCUAUAAUAUGUUACACCUGGCUGUAAUUUAUCUGGAGGGCACUCAGGGGGUGUAAUGGUUAAAUUGCAACUACUGCCUUGUCCAAGUUCAAUAUCAAGUUGUUGAUAUAAUUACAUUUGGGUAUUCAGAAAAAUUAUAUUUUUGUCUAGCAGAAUAGGAACACUCUCCUCUGGGGUACAGUAGUUAUAUAUAAUGCUGCUGAAAGGUUGUUAGAGCCAUUUUGUAGACAGUAAAGUGAAUCUACAAUGAAUUUAGAUCUCAGGAAAAUUAGUGAAAUGUUGCACAUAAGAGUUCCUUAAUUUGCCUUUGCUGAGAAGAGCAUGUUUUUAUGUUACAGGAACGUAAGGUAUUUAGACAUGGGAUUCAGUAUGAUUGUAUUACAUACCUGUUUCAGGAAAUAUGUGUGUAUGUGUGUUUGUUUGUUAAUGGAUCUGAUUAGGAUAUUUGGUACAUUGUAAUAUUUUAUGGACAAGCCUGCACAUGUGAUAUCAUGAUUUUUGAGUCAUGAUUUUUGGAGAAGCGGCACAGGGUUGGGCCCCCUAUUGUUUUGGAAUCGCAGUGCUUUAUUUGGCAUGAUUAUGAGAAAAUAUGCAUUAUUUUAGCAUGCAAAUGUUUUUAUCACUUUGCAUUCUGCCAGUGAUAAAUUGUAGGAAAGAUGUUUGGAUUUUGAGUUGUUGUAAUGUUAUGCUACUUUCAACAGAAAAUAGCAUAACUUAACAUGCAUUGGUCAUUUCUCAAAUGCCACUUGAAUUAUGGCCUCUGGGUGUGCUGACUGUCCACAGUUCAAUUCAGCUUUAGGGCAUAAAACUUUCUAUAUUAAAUCUAAGCAACCGAAUUGAAAACAGACUUCCUGAGUGGAUUUCACACUGUGUUUAGGGCUUUGAACAGCUGAUGUAAGAACGUGUAGUACUUUACUCAGUUUAUUAAUUAAUAUACUUGUGACAAAUGUGUGAUUGUACCAUGUUUAUCUGUAUAAUUACAAUAUGAUGAUGAAAAUAUUAGUACAUGUACCUGAUCAUUUAUUGUUUGUUGGAUCACUUUGGUUGAAAUCUUUUUAAAAAAUGAAGUUAGAAAGAUAAGGGAAAUAAUACCUGUCAACACUGAAUUAUUCAGGACAUAACCAGAAAUGCAAUAUUUUUUGGCUGAGCCUGAUGAUUUCCUAGAAAAGUCUACUUUUGCUGCUCUGUGUUAACAAAGAGCCGACCUGUUUCAUGAAAUAAGGAAUAUUUAUUAUUAUAGAGUUGCUUUGAAGCUACUGGUCUGACCCUUCAGUGUAAAUACAAUGUACCACCAGUGCAACUCAUGCUGGAGCUGUGUUACCAAAGUUUGGAGUAGAUGUACUUGAAGACUUUUGUUGCAGAUUUUAGGUGGAAAAUAUUUCAUGUUCUAUCAUGUGCCCUGUUCUGUGAGAUUUAGUUUGUACAAUGUUUAUUGUUGCAUGUAGAUCUAUUCUUGUUUGUCUGCUUACUGUGUUUUAUUUUUUAAAAAUAUGAAAAGCUUU